AUGAACAGAUCGGCCUGGAGAAGAGAAGUAAAGACUAGCACUGUCAUCUACGAAGCAAAUCGAAUCACCGCCGCAAAGUUAAACGACGGGCUCGCAAAUCCCAACUGCCUCGCCUCCUCUGUGCCAACCAUCCCCAGCUUCCAAUUUCGCCGUGCUGCCAACGCACAUUCCUCUCACAAAUCAGCCUCGUUGGACACCUUCAGACCCAACGCGUCAUCAACCCAACACCGUCUACUUCUUCUCUCACUCUCGCCCCUUCCACAAACCCCGCACCGACCCCCACCUCCGUCACCGCCAACUGCACUGUCGCUGCUCCGCCGCCGCCGUCCACAUCCGACCUGCCCCAACGUCUGCAUCGACCGCAGCGUCCAGCAUCAACACCCCCACCACGACAUCACGCACUAG